UGUCAGUUGUAUUGUCAAAUUAUACGAUGUAAUCUUAUCAUUUAAACCAAUUCUGUUAGUAAAUUUAAAAAUAUCGCGGUAUUUUCGUGUGGAAACUACCAUUGAAACAAUUAUGUCUAAAGUUAGUGUAGUUUGUUCCAAAUAAUUCCUGACAUUUGUCUGACCUUAAUGUUCAUUCGAUAACGAUGAAUCAAGUGAGAAGUAGUUUUGGGUUGGUUUUUAAUAAACUCUAGUACUCUUAAGAGGACUGAGUUUUAAGAUGGAAGAAAGAAAUUAUUUCAAUCCUGGAACUUCAUUUUAUACGGGCGGCGACCAAGUGGGUCCGGCCAUGGACUGCCUGCCACUGCGCCAAGCCAUCUACUUCAUCAACGAACAGACCAAGUCGAUGGCGGUGCUGCAGGAGCUCCAGCAUGAAGUCGGAGCGCUGCUGGAGUUCCGCGACCUCGUCAUGGAGCACUUUCCCAACCUGCGCAGCAAACGGGCAACCUCGACGCCCGCAUCAACCAUGAGCCAUCACGAACUGCCGGUCCAGACGGAGUCCAUAAGGGAGCCGAAGGACUGGGUGCCGGGCGUCCAGAGGCGCGUCAAAGUUGGCGUCGCCAAAGACGAGUCGCGGCUCAAGAAGGCUGAAGUGCAGGAUUCGGGAUUCAGUAACGAGACGCUGAGCAAGGAGACGCACAGCGCUUCGUCGACUGUGCCUACUCCAUCCACAGCUGCAGGUUCGAGUGAAAUAGACGAGACCGAGGACGAGCUCUACAACCUACUGGAGGUGAUACACCGCAAGGGCACCCGCUUAAAAGAUGAGGUGGAGGCUCUGCAGGGCACCCUGCAGGAACAGAUCAUCGUCCGCGACGACUACGACGAGGACGCCGAGGUCGCAAGCUCGUUCCAGCGGACGUUGUUCCACGCGUCCGCCGACGACGUGCGACAGCUGCGCAGGGAACGCGACCUGCUGCGCGUCCGCCUCGACGAAAUGGAGGCGGAGGUGGAGGCGGGCCGCGUCCACACCAGCCGCCUCCAGGGCGACCUGGAGACCUUGCUCAACGCCAAGCACGAUCUCGAGGAGCAGCUGCGGGCCGUCGUGACGCAGCACGGCGAAGUGAACUCGCGCAUCCACGACUUGCACCAUCAGUUCGUGACUAAAAGUGGGGCGGCGUCGCCCGACGCGACGGACAGAUUGGUGGGCGCGUCGAAGGCGCCCGCCCAAAGGACACCGAAGAAGGGGGGUUUCGUGAGUGUACUUGACACGGUGCUGGGUGAUAGGGUUCCUAAAGUGGCGGUGCCUGACUCGGUUAAGAUUUCGGCCAUAUUGAAAGAGCACGAUCCUCUGGUACUACAAAAGCAUCUGCUCAAUUCGACCGUCCAAAAUCAGGUUUUAAUGCAGGAACUUGAUUCUGCGACGAGGUUGCGUGAAGAAUUGGACAAAGCGAUAGACGAAAAUGAGGAUCUCCGUUAUCAGCUCAAGGAGCAGAAGAUCGAACUUGAGGGCACGCUGGCGAGGGUGCGCGUCCUGGAACAGCAAAAGCAGCGGGCAUCGGUGGGCACGACAUGCACUUCGCCCGACAUCAUACCCGCCCUCGACGCCUCUCCGCCCUCACCAUCAGUCGAUCGUCUCAUGAGGAUCGGACGCACGGAGAUCAGCACGCCGAGCAUGAAGGCGAUGAGUCCGCUGCCGAUAAUGCAGCUGGAUCACACCAGCAGCACGGAAUCUGCGCACGAUCAGGCCGAGCACAAUAGGAAGCGCAGGCCCAGUAAGAUACCCCUGAAGAGUUACACCGCACCUAAACCGCCAGGAGGCAAACACAGUCCCGCACCAAGCGCACGUAGUCGUAGCGGGGAGUCCCCCGGUAGGCCGCACAGUGCACAAUCAUGGAGGAACGCCAACGGCACCGGCACCGUGGGUUCGGGCACCGGUCCCAACAGCAGGAGCGCCUCCAACAGCCUGAACAACUCCAACAGCAAGAGCAGCUCGUCGCUGAACAAGUCGCGGAACGGAUCGUUGGUGUCGGCCCGCGACUCGCACUCGUUCAACAUUGGCACACGGUUCGGCUCGAUAAGGGCCGGAUCUAAGAAAUCGGGCGGCGGCAACUCGACAAAGGUCGAGAGCAAUGCGCGCCGGGAUUCGACCGAAAAGGAAAGCUCAAGUUCAGCAAGAAGAAAAUCUCAAUAUCCAUGGACUCUCUCUUCGUAUAACAGUGACCUGGAAGUCGCGUAUCCAGAUUCUCUGGACCUUCAGGAUUCCGUACUGGGAUCGACGACCGACACAUCGACGAGUCACCGUUUUCAAACGGCGAACACGUUCUUGUGGAACGUUGGAGGUUCGGAGAGGAACGAAUUCUACGAUAGCAUCGAUUCCAACAUGGCUUCUAGUUUAUAUCAACAUGGCGAGGAGCUCGCAGAAUGCGACUCACUCGAGAGGCAACUAUCUUACAAUUCUGACAAAAAUUAGACUAGAUGUGCAAACCAUGUUUGAAAACGAUAUGAGGUUGCAAGGAUGGAUCAUAAACGGUUUCUAGAGACGCAAUACAUUUUCAUAUCUAACUUGAAUAUUUCAGUUAUGGCUGACAAGAACUUUGCAAAGGUUUACCGUAAAGUUUGAUAAACAUAAAAUUUCAUAAAUCUUAAAAUGUCUUAGAAAACUUUAAUAACAAUAAGGUGUUACAUAUUGGAAAAUUAGAUUUUGACCAACCAUUUUUAGUAGCAUUCUUGUAAACAAUCCCUUGUUUUUAAACAUGUGAUUUGCAAAUAUCAAAAAGGCAUUCCAUUAUAUUAAAAUAUUUAUUUGUCCAAGUGCAUUUUCAAGAAUAAGUUUGAUUUAAUUUCAAAUUUGAGAUUACUUGAUGAUUGGUGCUUGUAUAUAAUUUUAUAAAAUUGUACAUAUUUAAUUUCUGCUUAUGAUUGAUUGCAUUUUAUUUACAUUUUCACAUAUAUAAUACAUAUGCACUUAGAUAUUAUCAUUAUAUUAUUGUAUGAUAUUUAGUAUUUUUAAAGUAUUCUCAUUACAUAUGUAUGAAGCAGAGUGAAUAAAAGAACUGAACGAGUAAAACUGAUUUUAAAGUAAUUUUUUCCUAAUUUUCAUUUAAGCGAGUUGUUUAUGCGCGGAAUUGAAAAUCAAAAUAUUUUAUUCACUCGGGGUUUUACAAUUUAUGUAUUUAUUUUAUAUAAAAGUAGAUCGUUUUAUUUAAUUCUUAAUAAAUUUAUAUUAUUCGCUGUGUAGAACUGUGAUAGGUAUGUCAGAACGAGUGGCAAUUUUCAAUAUUUUGUGUUCCUUAUUCAAUUUUAGAACAAAUUGUUAAAAAUUGAUUUUUAAUAAUUUCUUAAUAAAAAAUAUAAUUGUACUUGAUUAGGAAUUUGUUAAAAAUCUAAACCUAUGAUAAAUAUGAUUAAAUUAUUUCUUUUAGUACAACAAAUAAUAAGAUAAUAUCAUUCAAUAUAAUAAAGAAGACUGUUGAAUUGAUUAAUUAAUUAACUUAAUUACUAACAGUCUAAAAGCCACAUUAUUUGUGAUAUAUAUAGAAUGCUCCAUCACAUGUGUAGCUAAAAGGAUAUUAUGUAAAUGUAUUUUGCAACAUAUUAUUGGAAUUACCAAUAAACGUGAAGGUUUAUAAAAUAUAAUUUGUUAAUUACGUUAUUACUAAUUGUUUUUUUUUGUAUUGAAAUAUUGACUGAUUUUCUUAUUUUAUAAACCUCUACGCAAGUAAAUAUUGUACAUAUAACUGUUUAUAUUAUCAGAUUCACAUAUUACAAAUAAACAAAUAAAACUUUU